AUGGGGGGUGUCUCUGGCGAGCCCCUUGUCAAUAACUUCAAGAUUCCCUCCUGGGCCGCCAAACCACCACCAGGUGUACAUUUGGAUGUCAUGAAGGAUGGUAAACUUAUACAGAAACUAAUGAUGGACGACAAAUCGUGUUACUUCUUUGGUCGCAAUCGCCAGCUCUGUGACUUCGCUAUCGACCAUCAAUCAUGUUCUCGUAUUCAUGCCGCUUUGGUUUGGCAUAAGAACCUUAAUCGUGCGUUUCUGAUUGAUCUAGGAAGUGUGCAUGGGACUUUCAUCGGUCGAAUCAAACUCGAACCUGAACGACCACAACAGGUUCCUAUUGACUCGGAGAUUCACUUUGGGGCUUCCACACGGGUCUACAUAAUUCGAGAACGGCCAAAUCCAAUAAUAAACUCCUCCACGGCUGAGGCAGAUAGGCUGAUAAAGGAGGCUGCAGAUGCCACUGGCAACGCUAACAAGUUACCACAGAGCGAGGUCGAACUGGACAACCUGACCCAAUUUAAUACAGCUCAUAAUCGUCGAAUUGCUGUGAGCGAUAUGCAGCCACCCACUGUGUCAGUCGUACAACGAGGACGCAGGAAUUCACUUAACCAGCGGCUCAGUGUUCACUUUAGUGACAUCGAAGAAGUUAUCAAUCCUGAGGACGUGGACCCAUCUAUUGGUCGCUUCCGGAAUCUCGUCCAGGAAACCUUCAUUCCCAAUAAGGGCGCACAUAAGCACGAAGGAGCGGACAUCGGCAUUGCUGCGCCUAGGUCCAACCCAACCCCUUCCAGGCCUUCAAUUAACGAACCAGUUGCAAAUCAGUCGACUCGGCUAGCGACUACGGUGAGCAACCCCAGCUUUACCCUCGCCGCAAAGUUAGGUUUACCGAUGCCGAACCUGGCGCCUGAAAUCGACUCAGUGGAGCCACAAACCACACCUUUGAUGCACCGGCUACCGACAACAGGAGCAACACGUCUUUCGGCGGAAGACAUCUUUGGAGGACCGCUUCCGGGACCCAAGGACGAAGCUGCCACCGGAGGUAAACGCCCUGCCAACACUUCUUCUGGAGGUGAGGAGGCUGAGAACGCAGCACCAAAGAAGAAAAAGUACGCCAAGGAAGCUUGGCCCGGCAAACGACCAGGAUUUCUUGUGGGUCCCUCAGUUGCGUGA